UGUCAUUGCAAAUUUUUAACCAUCAUUCACUUCGAUUUUCAUCACUGAAAAUCCCCACCAAAAUUUUAUAAGAUUUAGGGUGUAGUCACCGAGAGAGUAGAUAUCUCGACAAAUACUUGUGUUUAUGACCCAUCUUUUUUCGAAAACAAUUUCACCUCUCGGUUAACAUCAAUUUUUCAACGAACACAAAUCAAAUUGCAUAACUAAUAUGAAUCCUUUUGCAGGUCAUGGAGUUAAUUUUGAGGUUGAAGCAGCAACAAAUGGAACCAAGAAAAGAAGCUUGACCGAGACUGGGAUGAAUGAGUAUGGAAAUUAUUCGGGCAUAGAUCUUGAAUUGAAACUAUCAUUGCCUGGGUCAAAGUCUGGUAAUGUACCAAAUGCCUUAAAAUCUCCAGCUUCAGUUACUCCAUUGCCACCAUCAUCAUCUCGUGGAGCAUACCUACCUCCCAUUUUGGGCAAAGAAGAAAAUCAUGACCAUACCUCAGGCGAUGAGUUAUCAUCAUUGACUGUCAUGGGAUGCACCCGUUGUUUAUUUUAUGUGAUGGUGUCCAAUGUUAACCCUAAAUGCCCAAACUGCAAAAAUCCCAUGCUGAUCAACAUAUUUCAAGUCAAUCCUGCUAAGAAAUUAAGGACAAGUCUCAUCUAAGCUUUUUUUUUUUUUUUUUUUUUUUUCCUAUUAGAAGUUUAUAUCUUUUAUUUCUCAUCAGUAGUUGUCUAUCCAAUGUCAUUUUGAAGUUUCAAUUG